AUGAUAGAUAACAAAAUUUUUAAAGUUGCCAUUGAAACGUCUGACGGUAAAGUUGGUUUUACCGUUGGUUUUGACGUAAUUGUGAGUCUGUUACAGUUGAAGGCUGGUUGUAUUUUGUUAUUUACAAAAGGUUUUGGUAAUUUUUUCCAUUUAAAAAUUUUUGAAAAAAAUGGUGUUGAAAUGAAUUUCCCUGAUGUAGAUGUCGAUCAGGCUGAAGUUGCACCUAUCGAUGCAGAAAUUGAAGUUGAUGAACAAAUACAUGGUUCUGUUCGUCGUUUUAGUCGUAUGGCUGGUGAACGUUAUUUUAGGAUUCCUGAUCCUGUUUCACGGAUGGCUAGACUUCAUGAAGGUUUAAGAGAUAUCACCGUUAGGCUUAUGCAUCUUGAUCCACCAAAGCAAUUUACCAACGUCCAUUUCUUCUUAGCUAUAAUGGAAAACGAUGAUCAGAUCACCUUGCUCAACGAUAUCGAUGCUCUUACCACAAACUACACUAUCAAGGUUAAAAUUGUUAGUUUGUGGAGGAAAAAGAUGAGAGAUAAUGAAAGGGAGACAUAUCGUAUAGAUAUGAUACUGAUGGAUGAAAAGGGGAGCAAGAUUCAAGCUUCUUGCUUGCAUAAGCUAUUUUCAAAGUUUGAGAGGCAUUUUAAUGUUGAUGAAUGCCUUAUCAUUAAACGGCCAUCUCUUGCUGCGAACACUGCAUCUUUCAAGAUUGUUCCUAACAAUCAGAAGCUAUCUUUUUAUUAUCAUACGUUCGUGGAAAAGUGCAAUAUAUGGGAAGGUCCGCAGUACGUUUUCAAUUUUGUUGAGUUUAAUGAUGUUCUUUUCAAGAAAGUAAAAGAGGGUACGACAGUAGAUUUCAUUAGUUAUGUUGGUGUUUGUUAUAACAUUGAGGAGACUAACAAAAAGGAUGGUAGUAAAGGGAAACGCCUUAAUCUUAAGCUUCAAGAUCUUGAAGAUGUUCAGAUCGAUUUAACUCUUUGGGAUGAUUAUGCUAAGGACAUGUAUUCUUACAUGGUUAGUGAAAAGCGUGAAGCACAUGUUGUCGUUGUUGUCCAUUUUGGUGCAGUUAAAACAUACAAAGGCAAAUGGGGAUUUUCAAAUAACUUUGAUGGUUCACGACUUUUCAUUAACGACAAUUUUGAUGACAUGCUAUUGUUCAAGCAAAAGUUUCUUGCAAAACUUUCUGCUUCAACUGAGUCAAGUAGCCAUGCUGGGUCAUAUAUGAUGUGUUCUGUCGAAGAUGAAUUUUUAAAGAAUGAUGUUUUUUCACCAAUUGCUUAUCCUGCAUCAAUCUCAGAGCCAAAGAAAGUUGUUGUUGUUGGAACUAUUGUAGCAAUCGUUUCAGAUAAGAUGUGGUAUUAUGAUGGGUGUAACUAUUGCAAGUCAAAAGUUGAGCAAAAGUUUGAAACCUAUGAUAAGGAUGAUGGAACAAGUGAUGUUAGAGAUGAGAAGUUGUAUCAAUGUUCUAACAAGGAUUGUAAUGGAAAAGAAGUUUUCCCGCUGUCCAGGUUUAAAAUACCUGUUCGCGUUCAAGAUUCAACCGGUACUGUGACGCUUACAUUAUUUGACCAUGAUGCGUUGAAGUUUGUUGGGAAAACUGCAAAGGAACUUAUACAAAUUCAGGAUGAGUUAUUGAAGACAAAUGAUUUUCCAAGAGAAUAUCCCGUUGAAUUUGAAGAGUUGGUUAAGCUAAAGUGUGCUUUCGUGAUUAAAGUAACUAACUUUAAUAUUGUCAAUGCUGUUGAGAAUUAUGGAAUAUCAGUUGUUACGACUGAUGAUGACAUCUUGGAUAAGCUCAACAAAAAAUUUAAAAUUGACCAACUUGAUGUUUCUGAAUCUUUUGGUAUCAGUCAGUCUGAGUUCCAAACUUCUGGUGCUGAAUGUUUGAAGGAUGCUGAUUCUUACAUUGGGGAUAACACCACACCUGUUUCAAAGGAUUAUGUAGGUGACUUGAAACAAUCAUCUUCUGAUAUGAAGCGUAACCUUGAUGAUGUUUAUUUGAAUGAAGUGGGAUUGGCGUCCUCAACAAUAAGCCUCGCAUGUGUGUUGAGAAGAAUUGAUAAAGGAGAUAUGGCAAAUGGUGGUUUUAAUAUAAAAAACAAUUUAUUUGCUGAGCAAGCUAAAUGUAAACGUUCGUUAAGAAAACUAUAUCUUGAUAAUAAGAAAUCAAGUGUAGCUGCAUUUCCGGAUUAUGUUGUUAGAGCUGUAGAGGCUAAACACAGGCGCAAGUUAAGAAAACUAUACCUUGAUAGUAAGAGAUCAAAGAUUAUUAAAAAAUUCAUUUCUAGAGGUGGUGCUUCAACGUCGUCAUCAUCAAAACGAAUCCUUUUAAAUAACAAAGAGAAUUUAACUCCCAAUAUUUCAAUCACAACCUUUCCUACCGAAUCUUCAACUGUUAUUGGGACAAGUAAUCAUUUAAAUUCGCCCGUUAAUGUAAGAUCUUCCAUUAUUACACAAUCUACUUUGAAGAAGAAAGGAAAUGUACUACAAGAUCAGUUUACAACACCCAACCGUACACCAUUUGCAAACAUAGAAAACAUAAUCCCAGCAAAUAAUUCUAAUUAUUUGAGUAAUGUAGCUUAUUCAUCUGGAGCAUUUUCAAAUCAGAAUAGAAACAUAAAUGUUUUGCAAGAUUCUUCUACCUCAACACGACGAAUGACGAGGUCAAACAAACAAAACAUAACACCAACUUCGUGUAUUACAAACAUACGUUCUCAAGUUCAACUUGUACCGCAUUUUUAUAAUGCUAUGUCUUCUUUGAAUCGUAUAUCAGCUGAUAAUAUUGCAAGCUCAUCAACUUUACCAUUGAAUGACUGCUAUUCUCUUAAUCCGAGAAUAACCAAUAAACGUAACACAACAUCUUUUACCUCUAAAUUUAGUUCGAUAAAAAAGAUGUCUUCUGGAAAGCGUAGACUUAUUCAUAAACCAAUUGAAAUAGAACCCAUACCAAUGGCUGUUCUUGAUUCUGAUGAUGAAAAUCAUGUUAACGAGGUUGUGUUAGACGCCACCAAAGGCAUAUCUAAAGAUCAGGAAAGCAAGUUUUUCUUAAAGAAUAUAAGACGUUACAAUUCUAUGUUUUCCUUUACUUCAAUGGGAGGAAAAGUAGAUACUAAAAUAAACAAAGGUAAUGCUCCAUUUGUUUAUAGAAUCAGUGGUCAGAAUGCACAUAGUAUGGGUAGUCUUCUUCCUAAGCAUGGAGCCCAGCCAAAAUUUUCACAGCUUUAUAUCUAUGAUACUGAGAAUGAGCUUGCUAAUAGGGAGUUGUUAUUCAGUGAUUCUUCAAGCAAAGCAUCUUUAAAGGCAAAGGAACUUGAUGUCAAAUUUAUAAAGUUUAUUACGAACAUGUUAGAUUCUACAAAUAUGUUGGUUAAAACUUAUAGGAUGGUACGAGACCAUCUCCAUGAGAAUCCUAAUGUUACCCUUAAACUUCGUAUAAUCUCACAGAGAGAUCGAGACAGUUGGACUUACAAUUUACCUACGUGUUCUGAAGUUGCUGCUUUGAUAGUUGAUGAACCUGAUCUCAAGAUAGAAAGCCGUGAUAUAAUUGUCGAAAAGCGUUCCAGAGAUCUUAAGCGUAUUAGCGAGUUACAUCCUUCUUAUCUUGCUCUACAGUAUCCAAUUCUUUUUCCGUACGGAGACGAUGGAUAUAGGUUAACAUUCCUCAUAGGGAUUAUGGUCCUAAUACAAAGAAGACAAGACCAACUUGUACUAUGA